AUGCUUCGCUGGAUUUUUGGCUACUGUCGCGCUGCGCAGUUGCUUAAUGGCGCGAGCUGGCCCAACAUACCGCAGACAUCUGUCCCACGUGGGUUUAAUUCAGACAUCAAGAACCUAAGAUUUCUCAGAAUUGAUGUUGAUCAUCUCAGAGUAGAAAAUUGUGUAAUCCAACGAGUCGAGAUUGGUGUGUCUUUCCUAAAAGCACAAGCCCUACAAUUGUUACAUGGUAAAUCUACGCAAGGUGGCAACUUGGCAUCCCAUGUUAUCAAAUCUCAUCAUUGGGUGUUUGGCCCCAAAGUUGUAUUCUCAGGGAGGUCGUACCACUUCUUAUUUGGAAAUGCGAGGCCAAUCAAGAUAAACGAUCUGGGAACGGAGCUAGAAAGGUUUACUAGGAAGCCUUAUGUUCUUGUUGUCCAUGGGGCCAAGCAGGAGCUCUCCCUCCUGGAACGGCUGAACAUAAAACUUGAACCAGUUUUCAUUCUCGACACUGUCAAAGCCGCUCAAUUCCCACUACAGUUGUGGUACAGGAACAGUCUGAAGAAGCUGCUUGAGGAGUUUGAGAUUCCCUACUCGCAACUUCACCUCGCUGGGAACGAUGCACAUUUUACGCUCCGAGUGCUUCUCAUGAUAGCUGCCAGAGAUGCUGAGAUCUACUUGGAAGGGAAGAGUCUCCCCGACUGGAUUCUGGUUCUGAAAUCUGUUGCUCAGUCUCCGCUACCCCCGAGACCUGCGACUAAACGCGAGAUAGCAGCCAUGGCUGAAGCCGAAGCUGAACAACAGACAAUGGUCGAGGCCAAAAGACAAUAG